AGGUAUCAGUACCUGGAUCAGCACCUGGACAGGUCCCAGUUCCUGGAUCAGAACCAGCCCCUGGAUCAGAACCUGCACCUGGAUCAGAACCAGCCCCAGGACAGAUCCCAGCACCUGGAUCAGCACCAGGACAGGUCCCAGCCCCUGGAUCAGAACCUGCACCUGGAUCAGAACCAGCCCCAGUCCCAGUCCCAGCCCCAGUCCCAGGACAGGUCCCAGUCCCAGUCCCAGUCCCAGUCCCAGUUCCAGCCCCAGUCCCAGUCCCAGUCCCAGCCCCAGUCCCAGUCCCAGCCCCAGCCCCAGUCCCAGUCCCAGUCCCAGUUCCAGUCCCAGUUCCAGUCCCAGUCCCAGUCCCAGUCCCAGCCCCAGGACAGGUCCCAGUCCCAGCCCCAGCCCCAGUCCCAGCCCCAGUCCCAGCCCCAGUCCCAGUCCCAGUCCCAGUCCCAGUCCCAGUCCCAGCCCCUGGACCGGUCCCAGUCCCAGUCCCAGCCCCAGUCCCAGCCCCAGUCCCAGUCCCAGUCCCAGUCCCAGUCCCAGUCCCAGGACAGGUCCCAGUCCCAGUCCCAGUCCCAGUCCCAGUCCCAGUCCCAGUCCCAGCCCCCAGACCGGUACCUGGUGGCCGCCGCCGCGCUGUUCGUGGCCGCCAAGGCCCAGGGGACGCCCCGGCGAGCCAGGGACGUGCUCAACGUCUGCCUGAGUGCCCCCUGGGAUCCCCCAAAAUUCCCCCGGUGCCCCCCAGGUGUCUCCAGCCCGGGACCCCCCCCCCCGGCGCUGGACGGGGAUUUCUGGGCGCUCCGGGACAGCCUCCUGCAGUGCGAGCUGCUGCUGCUGCGGGUGCUGCGCUUCCGGCUGCCCCUGGCGCACCCCCACAAGUACCUCCUGCAGUACCUGCUGGCGCUGUCCCGCUGGGCCGGGGGUCCCUGGGCCGGGGGUCCCUGGGGGAGGGUCCCGGGGGUCUCGUGGGCGCUGCUGCGGGACGGGGCCGCGGGGGGGCUGGGCCUGCGCCACCCCCCCCCCCACCUGGCGGCGGCCGCGCUGCGGCUCGGGCUGGAGCUGAGCGGGGGCGGGACCCCCCCCGGGACCCCCCCCCAGUGGUGGCAGGUGCUGAGCCCGGGGUUAACCCUUCCCGCGCUGGAGGGAAUCGUGCGGGAGCUGCUGGCGCUCUACAGCCUGGACACGCAGGUGGGGGGAAGGGGGGCGCCGCCCCUCCCCCCACCCCCUCCCCACCCCCCCCGCCGGCCCCUCCCCCACAAAAGGACCGACAGACACAGCCCCUCCCCCCCCCCCACCGACAGAGAUCCUGAGACCCCCCCCCAAAAAAAAAAAAAAAACAAAAUUUUCCUCCCCCCCCCCUCUAGGUCGUGA